GCGAGGCCACUGCACCGCACCGCAACGGGCUGGCUCGAGCUAGAAGAAGCAUCUUCUUCAGGAGUAGCUAGCUAGCUGCUGAUAGCGAUAGUAGCCAUGGGGAGCAAGGGAGCAGCGCUCGCGCUGCUGCUCUGCCUGAGCAGCGCGGCCGUGGGCGCGUGGGCUCGCCCGUUCGCCACCACCAAGGACGCCGCCAGGGACGAGAAGUUCCUCUGGCUCAAGAAGCACUUAGGCACGGGCCUCGGAGGUGGGAUCGGGAAGGGCGGUGGCGGCGGGUACGGUGGAGGCGGAGGCUAUGGCGGAGGAGGAGGAGGAGGCGGCGGGUACGGUGGAGGAGCCGGGGGUGGGUACGGCGGUGGCGCUGGGAUGGGCGGUGGCGUGGGCCACGGCAUCGGCGGCGGGUUUGGAAAAGGUGGCGGCCUCGGCCUCGGCGGCGGUGCUGGGCUUGGGCACGGCAUCGGCAAGGGCGGCGGCCUUGGUGGAGGGUACGGGAAAGGCGGAGGGCUCGGCCAUGGCAUCGGCGGCGGGUACGGCAAGGGUGGAGGCCUCGGCGGCGGAUACGGCAAGGGUGGUGGCCUUGGAGAAGGGAUUGGCCACGGCAUCGGUGGCGGCUACGGGAAGGGCGGCGGGCUCGGCGAAGGAAUCGGCCACGGCAUCGGCGGCGGCUACGGCAAGGGCGGCGGCAUCGGUGGCGGCUACGGAAAGGGCGGUGGUCUUGGUGGUGGUUACGGCAAGGGUGGCGGGCUCGGCGAAGGAAUCGGCCAUGGCAUCGGUGGAGGCUACGGCAAGGGCGGUGGCCUAGGCAGCGGGAUCGGCCACGGUAUUGGUGGCGGCUUCGGUAAGGGCGGCGGAAUCGGCCAUGGUGUCGGCGGCGGCUUUGGCAAGGGCGGCGGCCUUGGCGGAUCAGGAGGCGGUUACGGCGGUGGUGCUGGCAGCGGCGUCGGCGGCGGUGGCUUCGGCAAGGGCUUUGGGUUUGGGUUCGGCAACGGCGGCGGUGGAGGUGGCGGAGGCGGUGGCGGCGGCGGCGGCAUUGGCGGUCACCACUGAUAGAGAUACGCCGGCACGUGUUUUCCCCAGUUCCAUCACUUGAGCUCUACAUACCUCAGAGCAGAUCGUGUUUGGUCGUUGUGUGUCCUGUGCCCUCCGGUUUGUUGGAGGGAUUUGUUCGUGCAUGCUUUGUAUGAUUGUAUCUUUUUGUCAUUAAUUCCGGUGAUGGUGAUGCCAGUCACAAUAUUAUGCAAGUACGUACGUGAUCCAUGUAACGCUCCCUGAAUGAUUCGAGAAAUAUAAAUGAAGCCAAGCUUUUGUUGAA